CCACCACCAUCAUGAACUCCCUCCGCAUCGCCCGUGCAGCUCUUCGAGCUCGCCCGGCCGCCAUCCGAGUUCCUCUUCAGCGAAGAGGCUAUGCUGAGGCCGUCAACGACAAGAUCAAGCUCAGCUUGACUCUUCCUCACCAGUCCCUCUACAAGUCCCAGGAUGUCGUCCAGGUCAACCUGCCAGCCGAGUCUGGAGAGAUGGGUGUCCUCGCCAACCACGUCCCUUCCAUCGAGCAGCUGAAGCCCGGUCUGAUCGAGAUCGUCGAGGAGAGCGGCAGCAGCAAGCAGUUCUUCCUGUCUGGUGGAUUUGCCGUCGUCCAGCCCAACUCCUCUCUGAGCAUCAACGCCGUCGAGGCAUACCCCCUCGAGGACUUCAGCGCUGAGGCCGUCCGUGCCCAGAUCUCGGAGGCGCAGAAGGUCGCCAGCGGUGGUGGAAGCGAGCAGGAUAUUGCUGAGGCGAAGAUCGAGCUGGAGGUUCUGGAGAGCCUGCAGGCUUCUCUGAAAUAGACGUUUGAAAUUCUCUUGCGCCUUUGUAGAAUACCACACCAACGUCAUCAUCAGAUUCUUGUGCGAUGAAUAGACGCAGGACAAAUCCAUUCAUUGCACCUUCCUCAGUUC